ACAUAUCCAACUCAUUUUGCAUAUAUAUAUAUGUGUGUGUAUAUAUAUAUAUAUGCAUCUAUGUAUUGAAUGAGAUGUGUAAUGCAUAAACCAGAAUUUGAUUAUAGAGCCGAAGCUGACACAAUCACUACUACUAAUUACUAAUAUUGAUCAGGAAGCUGGUCCUGCUCCGAAGAUGUCUGAACCCACCACAACAACCGCUGCCAAUACUACCACUGCUGAUCCUGUCCUUGCUUAUCCUCUUCAACUCAAUUCACCAUCUCUUCUACAACUCUCCUUGUUCCCCAUUACUCUCAAGUUUGAGGAGGUGGUGUACAAAGUAAAAGUGGAUGAGCUACAUGAGAAAGGUGGGUGGUGCUGGGGCAAUAAUAGUAGUACCAGUGCAUCAUCAUCAUCAUGGCCCUCCACAAGAGAAAAGAGCAUUCUGAAUGGGAUAACAGGCAUGGUUUGCCCAGGAGAGAUAUUAGCCAUGUUGGGCCCAUCCGGCAGUGGCAAAACCACACUCCUCACAGCUCUUGGCGGCCGCCUUUCUGGAAAGUUAUCUGGGAAAAUCACUUACAAUGGCCACCCUUUCUCCGGCACCAUCAAACGCCGCACCGGAUUUGUUGCCCAGGACGACGUCUUGUACCCCCACCUAACCGUCACCGAGACCCUACUCUUCACGGCCAUGCUUAGACUCCCUGAGAGCUUGAGCCGUGAUGAGAAAGCGGGCCACGUGGAUCGCGUGAUCACCGAGCUAGGGCUUACCAGAUGCCGCCACGGCAUGAUCGGAGGCCCUUUGUUCCGGGGAAUAUCGGGAGGGGAGAAGAAGAGGGUGAGCAUAGGUCAAGAAAUGCUAAUAAAUCCAAGCUUGUUGCUUCUAGAUGAGCCGACGUCGGGUUUAGACUCUACGACGGCUCAGUGGAUACUGACCACCUUAAAGAGAUUGGCGAGCGGCGGAAGAACUAUUGUGACCACCAUUCAUCAGCCGUCCAGCCGCCUCUACCAUAUGUUCGACAAAGUAGUCCUUCUCUCCGAGGGAUCUCCAAUCUACAAUGGCCCUGCUUCCACGGCCUUGGACUAUUUUUCCGACAUUGGUUUCUCCGCUUCCAUCACCCUCAACCCCGCCGACCUCUUGCUCGAUCUAGCCAACGGUGUUGGGCCCGAUUUUAAAUACGCAACAGAGCACAGUGAGAGCAUGGAGCAAGAGAAGAAGAAGGUGAGGGAGGCUCUCAUUUCUGCUUAUGACAAGAAUAUCUCUGCGAGGUUGAAAGCUCAGCUUUGUACUUCGGAAGCAGCCACCAAUAAUACCAGUAGUUAUGCAAAAAAAGAUGCUUCUUCAAGUUAUAAAACAGAGAAAGGGGUGGUGAAAGCAGAUGAAUGGUACACAAGCUGGUGGCACCAGUUCAAAGUGUUGUUGCAAAGAGGAAUAAAGGAGAGAAGGUACGAAACAUUCAAUCGGCUCAGGAUUUUCCAAGUCAUAAGCGUGGCAGUCCUCGGUGGUCUCCUCUGGUGGCGCACCCCUACUUCUCACAUUGAAGACCGCAUAGCAUUGCUCUUCUUCUUCUCGGUAUUUUGGGGAUUCUACCCUCUCUACAAUGCGGUAUUCACAUUCCCACAGGAAAGAACAAUGCUGAUGAAGGAACGCUCCUCCGGAAUGUACCGCCUCUCGUCGUAUUUCCUCGCGAAAACGAUCGGAGACCUGCCUCUGGAGCUGGCCCUCCCGACCGCUUUCGUGUUUAUAAUCUACUGGAUGGGGGGCCUAAAAGCCGACCCCAUCACCUUCAUCCUCUCCCUCCUCGUCGUCCUCUACAAUGUCUUGGUCUCCCAAAGCCUAGGCCUCGCCAUCGGCGCCAUCCUUAUGGACAUCAAACAAGCCACCACUUUAGCCUCCGUCACCACACUCGUCUUCCUCAUCGCAGGCGGUUACUAUGUCCAGCAGAUCCCGCCCUUCAUUGUGUGGCUCAAGUACUUGAGCUACAGCUACUAUUGUUACAAACUCUUGCUUGGUGUCCAAUACAACGACGACGAUUAUUAUGAGUGCUCGCCGGGCGUGUGGUGCCCCAUCGCCGACUUCCCGGCAGUCAAAUCCAUGGGGCUGCGCAAUUUGUGGAUGGAUGUGUUCAUUAUGGCCCUCAUGUUGGUUGGUUACCGCUUCCUUGCUUAUCUUGCACUCCAGCGAGUACGGUUAAGGUAAUUUACAUAUAAUAAUAAUUCACUCAUGACCCGAUAUUAUAUUUCAUGAUCAAGAGUUUUUGUACACUAGCAUCUUGUUCCAAUCUCAAUGAGGACUAAUAAUCAUAUCAUGCUGUGAUCAUGAUCAUCACUACUGAGUUAGUUAGGUGGACUAAUUUUGAGUUUUUUUCUUUAACUCUCUCCCUCUAUAUAUAUAAACCCUUGAUCAUGAUGGGUUUUAUUUUUUAUCUAGUAAUUUAGAUUAAUACAAUACAACUUGCAAGUUGUGUUGCCUUUGAGAA